AUGUGGCGCGUGAGAGCGCAGCACGGAGUACAAUCAGACGCUGCGUUCUCACCCAGACUACAGCACCUGUGCUUCCGCUACGCUUCACACGCAGGAGUUUUACAUAAACCAACAUCCUCUGUGGAUUUGUUGUGCGUUGCAGACGUUUGGCAUUGCCGAGAUGAAAAACAGAACUUCAUUCAAAGUUUCGAUGCUCAGUUGGUGCGAGAGGAGAAGAGAUUGGAAGUUGAAGAGGAGCUCAGAGUUCAGGUGGACGAGCUGAUGAGGCAGGAACUGAAGAACCUUAAACUGGUGGUGGACAGAGACAAGGGAAAGAAAAAGAAAAAAGUCAAGAAAAGUAGUAAAAAGAAAAAAAAGAAAGGGCGGAAGACUGGAAAGAAGAAGAAGAAAGAGAAGGACCUCACAGCUGACAGGACCAUAGAAUCUCUAUAUGAGGAACUUGUUCGGGAAGGCUUCAUAAUCAGGCCAAUGAAUGUCAAGUUAUCAGAUUACAUAGGUGAAUACAGUUACUUGGGCACAACACUGCGGCAAGCAGAUAUUGAGCCCAUGCCAUCUCUCUCUGACGUAAGACAGCUCAUCGCACUGUAUGGCAUUCUCCCUUUGGGCUCUCAGUGCGUCCAUGAGAGAGGGCCCCUGAUCCGGGCUGUGCUGCUUACGGGGCCGGCAGGGGUCGGGAAGAAGAUGUUGGUCCAUGCCCUGUGCAACGAAACUGGAGCGAACUUAUUCGACCUCUCCCCUUCAACACUAGCUGGCAAAUAUCCAGGCAAAAGCGGACUGCAAUUCCUCCUGCACAUGGUCUUCAAGGUGGCUCGCCAGCUGCAGCCCUCAGUGAUUUGGAUCGGCGACGCUGAGAAAACAUUCUACAAGAAAGUUCCAAAGCUGGAGAAAGAGAUGGAACCCAAAAGACUAAAGAAAAUCCUGCCGAAGGUCCUAAAAUCUAUUAAACCAGAGGACCGUGUGUUAGUGGUGGGAACGACACGCAGACCUUUUGAUGCAGACAUCAAACCUCUCUGUAAAGUUUACAAGAAGAUCAUUUUGAUCCCUAGACCAGAUUAUGCUUCGAGAUUUACUCUGUGGAAGGAGCUGCUCCAAGCAAGUGGUGCUCAGUUGGGCCCUAAGCUGGACCUGAGCUCUCUAGCUAAAGUUACAGAUGGUUACACUCAGGGUCACAUUCUUCAGGCGAUCCAAACUGUCCUGAACUCUCACCGCCUCAACCAGCAGACCAUAAGACCCCUCACUGCUGUGGAGUUCAUCCCACCUCUUGCAAGGCUAGACCCGGUCUACAAAGAAGAGGAGGAGGCCUUUAAGACGUGGUACGGCCGGACACCUCUGGGCAAAAAAAGGGCACGAGCGGCCAGGGCCAGCGAGGAGAUGGCAGAUCUCAAGAAAGGGAAAACAAAAGGAGGAAAAUUACAAACAAAAGGAAAGGAGGGAAAGAAGAAAAAGAGAAAGAAAAGGAAGUGA